UUGGGUGGGUGGGGACUCUAUAGAAGAAAGUGUUAGUUAGCAAAUAUAAUAGCUGGAGAAAAGGGGCGUUGCUUCCCAAGAAAUUUCUUCUUCUUCCAUGGCGUUCGAGGCCGACGGUAGGUUCAGUGAUCGGCGAUCUCCGCCGACUCCGGCGGAGUUCAAGGGCUCUCCGGGAUCGAUUCUGCACACACUAUUGGCGCUAGUGCUAUGGCUCGGUUCCGUCCAUUUCAACUUCGUCGUCGUCCUUCUCUCCUUCAUUCUGCUUCCUCUGCAGAAAGCACUAGGAGUAAUCGGAUUGCUUCUGAUAUUUAUGGUGAUUCCAAUUGAUGACCGGAGCAAAUGGGGUCGGAAGUUGUCUAGGUAUAUAUGUAAGCAUGCGGUUGGGUAUUUCCCGGUGAGUUUGUAUGUGGAAGACAUCAAAGCCUUUGAUCCUAAUGAGGCUUAUGUUUUUGGUUACGAACCGCAUUCAGUUUGGCCUAUAGGAGUUGUCGCACUUGCUGACCUUACCGGUUUCAUGCCUCUCCCGAAAAUCAAGGUUCUUGCAAGUACUGCUGUGUUCUACACUCCAUUCAUGAGGCAUGUAUGGUCGUGGUUGGGACUUUCACCUGCCACAAGAAACAAUUUCAGUUCUCUUCUCUCGUCUGGUUGCAGCUGCAUCAUAGUGCCAGGUGGCGUUCAAGAGGCCUUUUAUAUGGAGCAUGGCUCUGAGAUUGCCUUUAUUCAGAAAAGAAAAGGAUUUGUGCGUAUUGCUAUGCAGAAGGGCAAUCCUCUGGUUCCCGUUUUUUGUUUCGGUCAGUCCGACGUAUACAAGUGGUGGAAGCCUAGCUGGAAACUCUACAGGGAUUUCUCGAGAGCUAUAAAAUUCGCACCAAUUAUUUUCUGGGGUGUUCUAGGUUCACCUCUACCUUUUAGGAAUCCCCUGCACGUGGUAGUUGGUCGACCGUUUGUGGUAAAUAAAAAUCCACAACCGACUGUGGAAGAGGUUGACGAAGUCCAUGCCCAGUUUGUCGAAGCGCUUAAAGAUCUGUUUGAAAGGCACAAAGCCAGAGUUGGCUGUGCUGAAUUAAAGUUGAGGAUUCUCUAGUUACCACUUACCACCACACCUUGUAUCAGUAGUAAUUCCUUCUUGUUGUAUAUUUGAUAUAUUUAUUUAUUAGGGUAAACUAUUGAGUUAAUAGCAAAACACCCCUUGUACUUUUUCUAAUUACCAAAAACGUCAUUAUCUUUUAUUUUAUUUUAUGAACUUCUCUUUUGCUA